AUUACUUGGCUUAAGUUAUUCUUGAAUGGCGCCUUUCAUGGAUUUACGGGCUUUCAUCUUGCGUGCACGUGUCUUAAAGCUUUAUAGUCAGGCACUGCGAAUUAUUCGUCGAGCCCCUGAACAUGCCCAAGAUGAGUUGAGGCAGACCACAAGGGCCGAGUUUGGGAAAUAUCGCCAUUGUGAUGAUACUCAAAAGAUUAGGUUUUUGAUUAGUGAAGGGAAGCAGAGACUAAAAGGUCUUGAUGAACUGCUUGACAUGACAGGGCACAGCUAAUCUGGGUUGCAUCCUGGACCUUGCUACUUAUUCAGCUCAUUCCGAAAUUCAUGCAAUCUAAAUUGUUUGAACUGAUCACUUUAAUAAGGAACAGCACUAUAUUUGAUGAAUUUUUGGGCAAUUUUCUGUAAGAAAAUUGUUAGGGGAUGCAGAACAUAGUUGUAUUGAGUGGAUAGUUAAUUGAUGAUUCACACUUCUUCACAAAUCUUUGUAGUUUUCUGUCGUGUGAGUGUUUCCAUACUGAAAAAUACCGUGGUCGCUUUACUUUCAAAACAUGCUCAUCAAAUUGUAUGGUGCCCA